GUAACUCGACUUGUCAGCGAAUACAUACAUAAAGUACGAAUCAUCCUAGGUAGUUAAUCGUUAUCCAAUCAUAGAAGAAAAAGAAAAAGGAGUGAAGAUGAGUAAAGGCGGCAGCAGCCUUAAGCUGGACAACGAUCUCGAAAAGAGGCAAGCUGAAUCUUUAAGGAUCAUGGAGAAGUACCCUGACAGGAUCCAUGUGAUUGUGGACAAGGCUGAGAAAUUUGAAAUCCCAAACAUUGACAAGAAAAAAUACCUGUCAGACCUAAUUAACAGUUGGUCAAUUUGUGUAUGUGAUUCGCAAAAGAAUCAAACUAAGUUCAGAGAAAGCUAUCUUCAUAUACGUAGACAAUGUCCUUCCUCCUACAGGAGAGAUUCUGUCAAGCGUCUACGAAGAGGAGAAAGAUGAAGAUGGCUUCCUCUACAUCACUUACAGUGGUGAGACUACGUUUGGUGCUUCUUCAAUCUAAAUCCAUGACCUGAGAAACACCUGCGUUUUGAUGUUUCCCACCUCUUAGUUUGUGUAUAUUGUAUUGUAUUCUAUCAGCAGAGUCUUCUCAAGAUUUGUGAUUUUUUUAAUAUUCUUGCACUUUUAUUUUUAAAUAUAUAGACUAAGAUUGACCAAUGCC